CUUAUCAGCGGCCGGCGGGGGGCUCGCCCCACUCCCGCCCAGCGCAGCCGCCGCGGCGGGGCCGGCACCUCCGCAAGUGCCGCACCAUGGGCAGCCAGGGCUCCAAGGCGGCGGGCGGCGACCCCGACACCGCCAAGGCCAACGGGCAGGAGAACGGCCAUGUGAUCUCCAACGGGGACAUGACGCCCAAGGCGGGGGUCGAGGCGACCCCCCAGAACGGGAACGGCUCGGCGGAACCCCCCAAGGAGGAGAGCGAGGGCGAAGCGGGCGGUGCCGACGGCAUCGAGCCCGCCCCGGCCGCCGCCGAGCCCGCCGAGCCCAAAGGCGAAGGGGCCGCGACCCCCAAGGACGCCCCCAAGAAGAAGAAGAAAUUCUCCUUCAAGAAACCCUUCAAGCUGAGCGGGAUCUCCUUCCGUAAGAACAAGAAGGAAGCCGGGGACUCCUCGGGCUCCUCGCCCACCGAGGAGCAGGGCAGGAGCGAGGAGACCCCGCCGGGGGGGCUGCAGCCCUCGGCUCCCCCCGAGGAGCGCCAGGAGGGCGGCGAGCCCCAGGAUGGAGGAGAAGCCUCGGGCAGCCAGGAGGAGGAGAAGCAGCAGCAGCAGCAGGGAGGGGAGAGCCACGGAGACACCGCCAAAGCCGAGGAGCCCUCGAAAGCCGCGGGGCCGGAGCCCACGGCGAGCCCGGCGGAGCAGAAGGAAGAGUAGAGAGCGCUCGGGCAUCGUCCUCAGCGGGGACUCUCACAGCGCCCUCGACCCUCCCCGAGCAGCCCGGGUCGCCCUCGACCCUCCCCGAGCAGCCCGGGUCGCCCUCGACCCUCCCCGAGCAGCCCGGGUCGCCCUCGACCCUCCCCGAGCAGCUCGGGUCGCCCUCGACCCUCCCCGAGCAGCCCGGGUCGCCCUCGACCCUCCCCGAGCAGCCCGGGUCGCCCUCGACCCUCCCCGAGCAGCCCGGGUCGCCCUCACCGGGGGCUCCCGCACCGCCCUCCGUCCUCACCGGGAGCUCCCACACCGCCCUGGACCCUCCCCGAGCAGCCCGGAUCCCCGGAUCGCCCUCACCGGGGGCUCUCCCGCCGCCCCCCGGACUCGCCCCGGAGCCCCCCGCACCCCCGGACUGACCGCACGCCCCCCACCCCCCUCCCGCAGGUUUUUUUUCCUCUCUCUCUUUCUCUCUCUCUCCCCGUUCCUGGUAGAAAAAGCUGGGUUGGAUUCCCACCACCGCCGCCACUUGGAGUAGUUUGAGAUGAAUUCCUUGGGAAAAUGGAAAAAAUUUAAAAAAAAAGAAAAGAAAAGAAAAAAAAAGACAAUAACAACAACAACAAAAAAAAUCAACCGAGUGGGGAGGAUUUGUCCCGGCCGCCUCUGGAGUUUACAGUUUGUGAGAACCCGGAUCCCAAAUCCUGCUCUGGAUCUCUCCAGACUGUCCCCUCUCCUCCGGCUCCCACUGACUGUUCGAUGGAAUUUUGGAAUUUUUUUUUUAAUUUUUUUUUUUCUCUUCAUUUCUCAGUUUACAUUCCCGGUUCUGACUUUUCAUUUCGAGUAUUUCGUGCUUUUUUUUUUUUUUUUUCCCCCCCUAUAGAAACCGAUGGUUUAAAAAGCUAAUAUCUGGUUAGUUUUUUAGAAUGUCUUCUCUUGGCUUAAAACCAUAAAGCUUGUAAGUGCGCUGUGUUUAAUUCUGCUUUAAGGGAUAAUUUUAGGGCGUGGGGUGGAGAGAGGGGUUAUAAUGUGAAGCCAACUUUGUUUUUUUGGUUUUUUUUUCCUCUGUAAAUAAUUUUUUUAACGGCCAAAAAAAAAAAAAAAAAAGCUUGAUUUGCGAUUUUCUAACUUGUAAAAAAAAAAACCGACAAAAAAAUAAGAAAAUAUUUUAAAAAAACCAUAAAAAAUAACAAGCGAACCACCGAACAAAAGCUGUAACAUUUGAAAGGAAUAAAUGGUGACCCCUUGACGGGA